AUGGCUCAGAAAGCUGCCAAAACCCUCGCCACUCGCAAUACUGCCCGCCUCCGCCAAACCCACCUCAUAACCCUCUCGAUCCAUAUACUGUUCCUCUUCUUGAAAUUCACGAUUCGCCGCUCUCUAUCCUUAUGGCGUUAUCUCCUGUUCAGCGCUCCAGGUUUACUUAUUGAAGUAUACCUAGACGUCCUCGCCCGUCCGACCUACCACGCCAACGGCGAGUUGAAGAAGGCGGGAGAGGAUCUCGACGCAAAAGGCCUCACCGAGUUCAUGUGGGACAUCCUGUACUGGACCUGGAUUAACCUCAUUGUAGUCCUGAUCUUUGGGAAUCGCGCAUGGUGGCUCUACUUGGUCGUUCCUGCAUAUGCCGUAUAUUGCAUUGCUGGGGCUGCCAGGGGUGUCAAGGGCAUGCUGGGAGGACUGGCUGGAGGAGGUGCAGAGGGUGAUGACAUGGCACACAGCAAGAGGCAGACAAAAAUAGAGAAAAGAGGACAAAAAGUCAAGUAUCGCUAG